UUUUACGACAGUGCUGCUGCUCGCUUUGCGGCGGUGCUGUAGUCCCGUGUCACGACGAUCGCGCUCGCUUUGCGGCGGCAUGGCGGCGCGGUUCAGCGGGGUGCUGCAGCUGACGGAGCUGGACGAUUUCAUCGCCCCCUCGCAGGAGUGCAUCCAGCCUGUCAGAGUGGACAAGAAUCCUGGGAAAGCAGCAGCCAGGAUCAGAAUCGAAGCUGAUGGGAGCUAUUUCCAGGUCAAUCAGGAUGGGGAAGCACAAAAACUGGAGAAGGCCAAAAUCAGCCUGAAUGAUUGCCUGGCCUGCAGUGGCUGCAUCACCUCAGCUGAGAGUGUCCUGGUGAGCCAGCAGAGCCACGGGGAGCUCUGCAAGGUGCUGGCUCUCAACAAGGCUGCUGCUGCCCACGAGCAGAAGCUGGUGGUGGUUUCUGUCUCCCCCCAGUCCAGAGCCUCCCUGGCUGCAAGGUGCAAACUGGGGCUGCUGGAGACAGCCCAGAAGCUGACCACCUUCCUCAAGGGUUUAGGCAAGUGUGGGCUUUCCUGCUCUCUGGGCUUGCUGACACUGACUGCAGCUGAAAUUGGCUUUAGGAGAGAAAUCAUUUCAUUUACUCAUAAAUAUUUAAAUACACAGAUACUCAGUCACGGUGGGGACCAUUCCAGGGACACAGUGGCAUUAUUUUCCCCACUGCUUUGCUCCUGGAAUGCCCUCCCUGAGGGCAGGGGGAUUUUGGCUGCCCUGGCUGCCCCAGCCUUGUCUCCCUUGCAGCACCUGCCCCCUGACAGGAUCUACCACGUCACAGUCAUGCCCUGCUAUGACAAAAAGCUGGAGGCCUCCAGGCCAGACUUCUUCAACCAGGAAUACCAGAGCAGGGAUGUGGAUUGUGUCAUCACCACAGGAGAAGUGCUGAAGCUGCUGGAGCAAGAAGGAGUGUCCCUGUCAGAUGUAGAUCCUUCUCCCCUGGACACUGUGCUCGGCGGGGCUGCGGAGGAGCUGCGCUCGCACCGCGGCGGGGGCUCGGGCGGCUUCCUGGAGCACAUCUUCAGCCACGCUGCCCGGGAGCUCUUCGGCAUCCACGGGGCCUCCAUCCACUACAAACCUCUCAAGAACAAGGACUUCCAGGAGGUGACCCUGGAGAGGGAUGGAGAGGUGCUGCUGCACUUUGCCCUGGCCUAUGGGUUCAGGAACAUCCAGAACCUGGUGCAGAAGCUGAAGAGAGGGAAGUGCCCCUAUCACUACGUGGAGGUGAUGGCCUGUCCCUCAGGCUGUUUGAAUGGAGGAGGGCAGAUCAAACUGGAGGGAGAAUCCAGCAAGGAGGAGCUGCAGCAGGUGGAGAGGUUGUAUGACUCCCUGAGGGCUGAGAUUCCAGAGGAAAACCAGGCUGUGAGGGAGCUCUACGAGCACUGGCUGGGGGGCUGGGGCUCAGAGAGGGCUCUGCAGGUGCUGCACACUCAGUACCACGCUGUGGAGAGAGCCAGCUCUGCCCUCAGCAUCAAGUGGUGAGGGCUGCCCAGCCCAGGAGACCCUCAGUGCCUUCUGAACUCACACUGCUGCUCCUCCAGGGGCUCUGUGCAGCUCCUGCCUCUGGGACAGUGCCUGGCACUGCUGGUUCCUCCAGCUGGAGGGAGAGGUGAUGGCAAUAACCCCAAAGUGUGACAGGGACACAGCAGGAGAGGCAGAAACACAUCCCGGGCUGAUGGGACAGCCCCUGCACUGCUCCACCAGCCCCAGUCCUGCCAGAACUGAGGAGCUCAAGGAUUCAGAGUCAGCUCCAGGCUGAGCUUUGUGCCACAGCCCAAUUUCCUUCCUCCAGGCCUUGCUGGAUUGUCACAGCACUCAGUUCUGUGCCUGCCUCUGCUGGAACAGCCUCAUUCCAUUAGAAAUGGUCUCAUUCCAGGCCUGGAGUUCUCCCUCUCACUGCCCUGCAGGGUCUGUGCCCUCAGAGAGGGGAUCCAAAGCCUGGGAUCCGCCCUGGGGCUGGAGUGAAUGCUGGGAUUCCUUUUCCUUAAAUUAUAAUAAUUUAUACCAAGGGCAAUUCCUUCUCUGUGUUUUCUUCCUGAACACUCAGCAGGGAGUCAGAGAAUUGUCACAUUCACCCACCCUCAGCAGCCACUUACUGAGGGAUAAUAUCCCUAAAUCCAGACAAAACAGGCACUUAGUGCUGGAUAACAUCCUGAAAUUACCACAGAAUAAUUCCUGACCUUGGGGCUGGCAGGAACCAAAGCCUCCUCUGCACUUUCUUCCAAUGAAUCCACAGAGCAAAUGCUGAAUUUUCAUGUUUUUAAUUAAAAGCUUUCCAUUUUUCA